AGAUCUUCUCUGUAAUUUCCCUCUCAAACAACUCACCUCUCCCUUCCCUUCCUCCUGAUCUCUUCGAUUCAUGGACAAUCCUCAAGAGGAUCGCCAACGAAUCGCCUCCACAGGGGAGAGACCUGUUAGGCCUGAAAAUUCAAUGGAGCAGCUAGUUUCGCCCAAAGAUGAAAGGAUUGUUUCAGCGAAUCCUUCUCCAGAUGCAGCCACCAUUGGGCCUCCGAGGGGUGUCACUGAGCAUUCAAGAUCUUCGAAAGAAGGUGGAGAUCUUAAUGAUUUCACUCAUGAACAAAACAUGCUAUAUGGGGGUUAUGGCAAUACAACUGGUAGCUGGGAUGGAUAUUCUCAGUUUUUUAAUAACGAAGGAAUACAUAUCCCUUCUGUAAUCUACAGUGAGAAUCCAUCUGUUUUGUUCUCUUCUGGUUAUGGCUUUCCUCCGGAAAUGGCUUAUGGUCAAUUUUCUCCAGUUGGUACACCUCUACCUCCUGUAAUGGUGGAAGGGCAGCUAUACUCUCCACAGCAAAUUCCAUUCUCUCCAACUUAUUACCCACAAGCUGCACCUUCAAAUGUGCCUUCACCUGUUCCCAUUUCACCAUCUGAGCUUAUGACACCAGAAAGUAACAAUGAUAACUUUCUUUUUGGGCCGGGACCUGGUUACUUGGUACAGCUUGGAUCGUUCGGUGGGGGCAGCAUACCUGGUAAUCCUAGUUCUAGUUCUGUAACUUCUCCUGCUGCAUAUCCUCAAGCAAUGGGCAUUCUUGGUUCAUAUGAGCAUAAUGUUGGGCAGAGACCUUUGCAUGGAUUUGGUUCAUCAUCCAGUUCCUCUGUUGGGCAUUAUCCUUAUGGUGGCUCUUAUCCAAGGUCUAACUUCAGCAGCUCAUCCUUCCCUUAUUUGGGGGCUAAUGACCAGGCUAAAUUCAUUUUUGACAAAGGGAGAAGACACGAGAGGGACCAAGAUUUGAUUUACAUUUCUAAUGAUUCUCAUGGUAUUGACCGCAAUCGCGGACCAAGGGCUUCAAAGCUUAAGGCUAAGAGCACUAGUGAACAUAGCUUUCCAUCUGUUAAUAGAAGAAAUGAUACGACCAAGUCAGGGCUGAAACCCAAUUUGUAUAACCAUUCUGAUUUUAUUACUGAUUAUGAGAAUGCAAAGUUCUUUAUAAUCAAGUCUUUCAGCGAAGACAAUGUUCAUAAAAGUAUCAAGUACAAUGUUUGGGCCAGCACCCCACAUGGGAACAAAAAACUAGAUGCUGCCUAUCAGGAAGCAAAGGAGAUGCAAGGAACUUGCUCUGUCUUUCUAUUGUUUUCAGUCAAUGCUAGUGGGCAGUUCUGUGGGGUUGCUGAAAUGAUUGGACCUGUAGAUUUUGAGAAGGAUGCCGAACACUGGCAGCAAGAUAGGUGGAGUGGGCAAUUCCCUGUCCAGUGGCACAUCAUCAAAGAUGUUCCAAACAAUAGAUUCCGACACAUAUUACUGGAAAAUAAUGACAAUAAACCUGUUACUCACAGCCGAGAUACUCAGGAGGUGAGACUAGGGCAGGGUGUCGAGAUGUUGAAAAUUUUCAAGGAUCAUGAUCUGCGUACAUCCAUUCUGGAUGAUUUUGAGUACUAUGAUGACUGUGAAAGAGCUUUGAAGGAAAGGAAGGCUAGACAGCAAGCUCACUCAACCACAGAUGUGAUAUCUGAUGAUUCCAUCAAUCAAAUGGCCAAUAAUCUUGCUCAAACCCUUAGGCUCCAUGAGGACACUGUAGAAAAUCAAUCAAGUGAAGUUAGUGGUAGCUCAAGAACAGAAGAUUUGCGUCCACUUGCCUGUGAACCCACAAACCAGACUCCUGAUAUGGGUAGUGAAACCAGAACUGAACCUGUGGAAUAGAUGAAUGACAGUUGCAUUGCGGCUAGAAGAAGCUGUAGGUAUUGCAGGCGUCUUUUCAUGCUUGCUAUGACCUGACAAACUAUUCGUGAUUCCAUAGUUCCAUUGCUUGCUGACAACAUUUGAGGUCAAUAUAUCUUGGGUGGAUCGGGUAGUGAUUUGAAAGUCUGGUGUUUUUUUUUUUUUUUUUUUUUACCUGUGUCUUUGGGGGCAGUCUAGGAAACUUAGGUCUGCUUGAGCCAAAAGACAGCCUGAUUCUUAACAUUCGCUAUGUUCUCUUUUGGGUUUAGAAUUGAGGAAGGCAACAGCUUGGAUGAAUGUUAUGGGACGAACUUGUACACUAUGUGAGAUGUUAGUCUUUGUUAGAUUCUCGUCUCUCCGAGGGCUUUUGGGGGUUAUUGAAGUAUUUGUAAACUUUCCCAUUUUGGGAAGCAGAUCAAUAAAAUUACGAAACAGUU